CUGUGGAGGGUGGACCACUAAGUAGCAGCAUAUGGAGUAUGUGGAUGUGGAUUCUCUCUCUUCAUAGUAUUUGCCUAUUUGGAGUAGUACAAGCGUGGACCACUUGCCGACUCCGCAACCCUCCACGGGAAGGAAAAAAUAUUCAGAAUGGCGUACGUGCUUGUGUGUUGAUUACAGAAUCGAUGUUGUAGUGCUAUAUAUGAGAUACUUAUCUAGAGAUCGGAGAUCAUCUAGGUCCUUUGAUUUCCUGCAGCAUCGAUUCCUCCUAUCUAGCUAGGUUUUGCUAAACCCUAAUUUAAAGACGAUGCUGAGAGAUUUUGCUAAAUCCAGUUUUCAGAUUAGGCGGUGUGGAGAUGUUGCUGAGGUUGUAUUGGGAUUCGUUCCUUCAUGCGCUGCUCAAGAAGCAACUUAUUCUAACUCGGUCAGAUUGGGGACUCAUGAUGAUAAAUGUGUUUUUCAAGUUCAGUUACCGGAAUCGGUGUCUGCCAAGAAUCAAACAAUACCAGUAAACAACAACGUACCCCCUGACGAGGAAUCAAAAGCAUUUGGAGAUGAAGACGAAAGCAAUAAGCGAAAUCUGACUACUGGACUGUCUACAGCUCCAUCGGUUGCAUUUUCGUCUGGAUCGCCGGGGGCUUCGAGUGAUUCAAUGUCUUCCCCAAAGAGGAGCUACGACGAGUCCGAGGAUUUUACACAUCUAAGCGACAGCGUGGAGGAAGAACCAGUAAUGCGUAGCGAGAGAAGUGGAGGUGCCAAGAGAAGGCGAAGCUCAGAAGUGCAUAAUUCAUCAGAGCGAAGGAGAAGAGAAAAGAUAAACGAGAAGAUGCGUGUGUUGCAAGAUCUACUACCGAACUGCAACAAAGUGGACAAAGCUUCAAUGCUUGAGGAAGCCAUUGAGUAUUUGAAGACCCUUCAGUUCCAACUACAGACAAUGUCAAUGGGUUGGUUGUUGCCUUCGAUGAUGUUCAUGGGCCGAAUGCGACAAUUACCACCGUAUCAGUUUGCUCCAAUGGAUCCUCCACCACAACCACAGUUCCUGAAUACUUCACCGAUGAUGCAGGGACGUCCAUCCAUGUCAGUGCCACUUCCACCAUUUUUUAAUCCUUUGUUUGGAAUGCCAUCUUCUUCUUCUUCUACGCAAUCGGUUCCUGUUACCAACCCAUUUGAACAAUUGGGUUGUGGUCUUUUUUCUCAAUCAAAUUCAAAGAAUCACUCACAACUGUAAUUUUAUAUAUAGAUCUAUAUGAUCACCCUUAAUGGAUCGAGUUAGGUUUGUCCA